CAACAGUCUGACAGAUGUUCGUUCGGGAUCAACCGCUUCAUUCAAAGCCGAGCGUCGGUCGAGGGAGAGCGGGUUGUCUGGAUUACUCUCCGGCAGAGGACCGAAACAUGUCGGGGGAAAAGGCGACGUGUCCCUGUAAUAAAUUUCAAGCCAACAUUUUUAAUAAAAGUAAAUGUCAAAACUGCUUCAAGUCCCGCGAGCUGCAUCUGUUGAACGACCAUGACAUGGAGCAGGCAAAACCCAUCUAUGGAGGCUGGCUGUGUUUGGCUCCUGAGGGGACGGACUUUGCAAACCCGAUGCAGAGGUCGAGGAAAUGGCAGCGGCGCUUCUUUAUCCUGUAUGAAGACGGCAGCCUGAGCUUCGCCCUCGAUGAACUGCCGAGCACUUUGCCCCAGGGGACGGUGAACGUGAAUGUGUGUACAGAGCUCACUGACGCAGAGCCCAGGACGGGACAGAGAAACGCACUCUGCGUCGUCACGCCGCUGCAGGAGAUAUUCAUCCGUGGUGACAAUAAAGAGAUUAUUAAUGGGUGGAGUGAACAGCUCGCCGUCUAUCUACGCACUAACAAGCAGAAUCAGAAGAAGAAACGUAAAGUGGAGCCUGUUGCCACCCAGGAACCCAGUCCAGCAAAGAUGGCUGCAACUGAUCCAAGUUGUCCGUCCUCAGAGAACGCUGCAGAGUCCGGCUGCGGUCGGUGGCAGGAAGACCAGCAGCAGGGCGGGGGACCGGAUGAAACCCCCAUGUGGACUGUCCCACACUCCGAUCCCCCAGGCCCGGAGAAGACCCCUGAAGGCAACACGUGUAGCUACCUGUGCCCACUCUCCCUGGACUUGGUGAGCAGUGGAAACACUGAGCCUGGCAGCAACAACCAGCUGGCUGAGUCAAACAUCCAAACAUCAGCAAACAACAACAAGAGCCAUGACAAAAGCCAUGGCAGUCCAACAGAGAGGCUGCUGGGAUUGGAGGCCACCGAGAAAGAAGAAGGGGGGACGGCUGUUUCCAGGACGGGCAGGAGUGAAGUUCGCACCAACAAGCGAGAGAAGCUCCAGUCAUGUGGAGACUCCCCCCAGCUCUCCGCACCCCCCCCCCAGAGAAGAGCCAAGUCUCUGGACCGCAGGACGUCUGACGCCAUCAUGACCCCAGAUUUAUUAAACUUCAAAAAAGGCUGGUUGGUCAAAUUGGAUGAAAACGAGCAGUGGAAGAAAUCCUGGUUUGUGCUGUCGGCCGACAGUCUGAGGUUCCACACGGACUCUCUAGCUGAGGAGGCUUCACAUCUCGAAGGAGAGAUCGACCUGACAAAGUGUUUUAAUGUGUCCGAGUGUCAGGUGCAGAGGAACUACGGCUUUCAGAUCCACACCCCAAAGGGCGUCUUCACGCUGUCGGCCAUGACGUCGGGGAUACGCAGGAACUGGAUCCAGGCUCUGAUGAAAAACGUCCGUCCAGCCAGCGCUCCUGAUGUAGCAAAUCUACCUGGCUUCCACAUUCCACCUGAAGCUCUCCCCAAACCAGAUGUGACUCAGGACUCCCCCACCGCUGACGUGUCCACAGAGAGAGACCCUCACCCCAAACACAGGAGUGUGAUGGAGAGGCGGCGGGAGGGACGCUACAAAACCUUCGACUGGGCCGAGUUGAGGCCUCGGAACAAGUCCGCUCCGGAUCCACAGAGGACCAAAGCUCUGUGCUCGCUGGAAUUCGGCGACCUGGAGCGGAGGAAGAGGAGGGAGGAGAGGAGGAGGAGGUAUGAGAGCAUGCUGGGCUCCCCUCUGGGUUGGGGGGUGAUUGGAGAUGAAACGGCAGACGUCAGAGCACUGAGUCCUAAAUCGCAGCAGAAAGUCCAGGAGGAGAUCGAGGAGUGCUGGAAGCAGGUGGAGACGACGGUUUUCAGACUGGAGAGAAGCUUCCCGCUGUUUCCUAAAACUAAAGACUCUGUGGAGGUGGAGAAGCUGCUGGACAGCUACGGGGCGGGGGUGGAGGAUCUGAAGGCUCAGCUGGCCGAGUCGGAGCGUCGCAGGCUGGAGCUGGAGGCUCAGCUGAGUGCAGCAGGAGUUCAUCAGCAGCAGCUGGACCCUCCGCUCACUUCCGAAGAAGAUUUCUGCCAAUCGGACACAAAUGUAAAGCCGAUAAACGGCCACGCACAGACCCUGAAGGACGUGUGCAAAGAGAGCAGAGAGCAGAACGUUAUCAGCAUGCAGGAGCAGCUCAGCUUUGACCCACCUUCAUUAGCAUGUCUGACGCCCAGCAUCUGGCUGCAUGACACUGAGGGCAACUUCACAGAAGUGGAGGAUCUGCUUCCUGAGACGGAAGACGCACCUUUAUUAUCACCAUCACCUGCUUCAGACAGCCAACACUUAUCUUCUCAGAGUGGCGGACAAACGGAUAUAAACAUUGCAACAAUGAACCAACAGAAUCAGCAGGACCGAGACGACUGUGAGCAGGCUCCCAGCGCACAAACACAGAUAAAUAACUGUGAAUAUAGUUCCAUAAUUCUGGAGCCGCCUGCGGAGGGAGAUGACGACCCUCUGAGCUGCUGCGGAGAGCAACACAUGCAUCCAGACCCGGCGCUGGUGAGGAGGCUUUCCCAAGAGGUGGAGCUGCUCACCGGCCAGAACGAGGCUCUCGACCAGCGCAACCAGGAGAUGCUAAACCAGCUGACGGAGGCAGACCGCGAGAUAGAGCGGCUGAAAGUGGAGCUCAGCAGCAGGUACACUGAACCCCAUCACCUCCCUGAAGUGGAGCAGCUGGGACAAGUCAGGGUGGAAGAUCUGGAGAGGGAGGUGAGCUCGAGAGAGCAGCAGCUCCUGGAGGCGCAGACUUUAAUCACCUCCCUGGAGGAGAAUCUGAGGGAGAUGGAGGCUCUGCUGCAGCUGAAGGCCCCAACAGAAACAGAAGAAACGGCACAGGAGAAUAAGGGAUACCUGCUGAGAUGUUUCGAGGCCACUGAGGCCAAGCUGUCGGAGCUGGAGAGGCAGCUCGACCAAUCAGAAGUGACCUGCAGGGAGCUCCAGACGCAGAACGCCGAGCUCACGGGAGCUGAGAGAUUUUACCGUGAAACCGCUGCAGAGGCGAAGGCUGACGUCAGGAGGCUGAAUCAAGAGUUGGAGAAGAAGGAGAAGUUGAAAGAUGGAGAUGGAUGUGUUUCUGGGGAAGAAAGGAUCCGGCAAGUGAUAGACGGGAUGGUCACGAGGUUGAAAGCUUUGGAGAAAUUACUGGAGGCGAUUGAGAAGUUGGAGUUUGGUUUGAGAAAGGAGGAAGAGCCUACGGUGGAGAGUCGGUUAAAGUGGGAGGAGCAGUUUUGGAGUUUGCUGCUCGACAAACUGAAGGUGGAUCCCUCGGGGCUUAGUGAGGAGAAACCUGUGGAGGAGCUUCUGAGUGAGGUGACGGAACGUAUGAUGGUGGAGAAGCAAAUGCUGCUUUUAGGGCAUCGUCUACUUUCUGAGACGAGCACGGACGAAGGGAGGGAGCGUUUGAAAGACCUGGAUAUUAUUUGGAAUAUUGCAAGUGAGACAGAAACCAAUCAGAUGGAUGAAAGCAGGCUGUACGAGAUGGAACAUGUCAGAGGCGUCACACAGAGGAACAUCUCUUUUCUAAAGCGCCUCGCCUCUUCUGUCGGCUCCUUAGCUUACGACAAGCUCCAACUGACGGCUCGCUUCUCUCAGCAUCCCUUGUCUGGUUUCAUUCACUCUGCAGCCACUGAAGCGUUUCACUGCUGUCAGUUGAGCCGACUUCAGUCAAAAUACGAGCGGCAACUUGAGGAAACCAAACAGAAACUGCUCUCUUCUUCUCUCAUCUGCAGCAACUGUGUCCACUUGAUGGAAGACAACAGGGAGCUGAGAGCAAGAUUGUCAAACAUAGAAGAAGAACAGUCGUCGUCGUCGUCGGGCGAUAAAAUAAACGCAUGUUGCCAGACGGAAGACGCUCACCCACUGGACUCAGAUAUUGAGUUACAGGAAAGUAUUGCAGAUGACAUUGGGGAAGAAGAGGAGGAGAUGGUUGAGUGCAUGGAAAUCCCUCUUCCAUGUGGAGAAGGUCAGUUGGAUAUCCAGGAGACGGCAGAUGAAAAAGAAGUUUUAGUGCUGAGAAGACGAGUGGAGGAGCUGGAGGAGCUGCUGUCCGUCAUGGCGGACGAGAUGAAAGAAGAGCUUGAUGAGAAAAUGAUUUGUGUUCAGACGCAACAAGAGAAGGAGUUGGAAAAGAUGAAGGCCACGUGUGAGCGCGGCUUCGCCUCCAUGGAGGAAUCUCACCUGAAGGUCGUGGAGGAGCUGCAGCGUCGACAGCAACAGGAAGUGGAGCGCCUCCUGAUGGAGAGAGACAGACUGCUGGAGGAGGAGAGCGCUGCGACUGCAACGGCAAUCGAAGCCAUCAAGAACGUUUACCGGCUGGAGCUGGAGAAGGAAGUGCAGAAGAGAUGUCAGUCAGAGAACAGCACAGGAAACCAACAGCUCCAGGACGUAUGCAGACAACACGGUGAGGAGCUGGCCUCGUACCAGCGGGAGCUCGAGGUUCUGUCCCAGCAGUUCUCUCUGAAAUGUCUGGAGAACGGACAUCUUGUGCAGGCUGUGGAUGCUGAGAGGAAGGCCUUGUGUCAGUGCCAGCAGGAAAACCAGGACCUGAGGACCAGGAACCAGGAGUUGAGCGGUCACCUCGCAGCAGAGAUCACCCGGCUCUGCUCUCUGGCGAAGCAGGACGCUCUGCCGCUCAGUCGGGGGAUGGAUCAAUACGAAAUGGAGAUUACCCUGCGGGUGAAGGAGUCUGAGGUCCAGUGUCUGAAGCAGGAGAUCACAUCUCUGAGGGACGACCUGCAGUCCGCACAGAGGGACAAGUGGAACGCCACAAAGAAGUACAAAGCCGUGUACACCGAGCUGAGCAUCACGAGGGCCAAAACAGAGCGAGAGACGGACGAGCUGAGAGAGAACCUGAGACUCGCUCAUCACGCUCUGGACCAAACUUCACCCUGAAACUGUCCGUUUUUACAAUAGCAGCUUCACAUUUGUCUUCACUGUAACUUGUAGUUUCCUUCCUGUAGCUAAAACCCACAAGCUGUGUAUUUAAAACAAAAAAACAUCUUGUCUUAUUUCAUAAAUCCAAGAACUCUCAUCCACAAAGUCGCUUCUCACGCCGUGUUGAAGGUUAAUGUUGUCUAUUGUGUGUCUGGAUCAAUUAUUAACCUUUGUGACACUGAGUUUGUAUUUUACAGUUAUUCUGCUGAAUGUUCCUGUGAAAGUUUCCCCAAAAUUAGUAUAAAAAAACGGUUCUGUUGUGUGUUAUGUAUAUAUUUUAUCUGUACAGCCAUUUUGUUAUUAUAACACUUUAAUCUGACA